GACGAUUCGGCAGUGUCCGACACAGGUCAAGAACAGGGUAGCUUAUCUGAUUUUUAUUUUCCUAAUAAAAAUCUCGAAUCCUUAAAUCGUGAGGAGCUAAAAGUUUUACACCCCUUCGGGGGUGCACAUAAAGGAGCGGCGGGCGCGCUACGCGCGCCCGCUGCAUCCGCCCUCCGGGGGAGGGCGGACGCUAUAUAA